UUAAGGAUUAUUUAACUGCGUUUUAAAGCAAAUUGAGGCAUCGAUGGCUAAUUUCUGCAUCGAUUUUUGAUCGAUUUAAAAGUUUCACGUGUAGGGAAAUUUUUUGUGAAAUAAUUCGGAUAGUCUUUGUCAAAUAAUUAUAUUUAUGUUUUUCGAGCAAAAUGCCUAAAGCAAAAUUCAAGUCAAUCAUAUCCACACGGAGGAGGGCUAAGAAAGCACGGAUGGAGACAACGGAGCCUACGGUUCAACCCGGGCAAGUCCUAGCCUCUGUCUCGGAGCCUCAAGCAACCCCAGCGACCAACGUGCCCGGAACUUCAGCUCAUGUAGAGCUUCCCUCACUGGUGUUGUCCACAGCCUCUCAAACAGCCCCAUCUACCAACGUAACUGUAACACAACCACAGACAGCAAUGGUCUCGGGCUCUGCAAAUCAAGUUCAACCGGAAAUGAACGCUAUUGCUCCAAUAGAUGUAGCUACCAGUUCUAAAGGUACAGUUGGUAAUGAUACUUGCAUGCAACCAGAUAUGUUUUUGCCAAAUUCUAGUUUACCUUCUAUGGCAAAUUCAACACAAUUAUCAUUAGGCUAUCAUGUCGACAACUCGACCAAACAAAAGAUUGCUAAUGGGGAGUAUAUUAAUUUGGCCCUUCUCUUGGUAAGGGACCCAAGUAAAUUACAGGUUUCAACUUUAUCAAUGGAUGCACAGGGUCAGAUUAUUGCACAACCAAAGAACACAAACAAAAUAACAUCAAUUGACAAAUGGACAGACGCAUUUCUGAUUUUCGCUAGCAUUUAUCUAACAGCACACCCCAAUAAAACGCAGCAAUUGCUCAAGUACUUGCACGACGUGAGAUUAGGGGCUGAGAAAUCGCAGGGUUGGGUCACGUAUGAUGAGCAGUACAGGUUACGCAUGGCAAUAAACCCAAAUGGUAAUUGGGGGGUAAUUGACAAUGAGUUGUGGCUUGUUUAUAUGUCACCUUCUGUAGCAUACAAUAAUCAAAGGGCAUCUACAUAUUACAAGUGCUUUGAUUACAACUACAAAGGCAAGUGCAGCAGGCUUCAAUGCACAUAUACACAUCGCUGUCUUAAGUGCAAUGAUAUGCACCCUGCAUUGCUCUGUUUAAGUUCCCAAGCAGCAUCUGCUCAGACUUCCCUUAACUUAAAUCGUGCCUUUCGUGCAAAUGGACCAGCUGGUCAGCAACCGCAGUUCCAAACCCCAUACCAGUUCUAUGCCAAAAGGCAACCUGGGCUACAAGCAAGACCUUUGGGACCUGGGCGUUUCCCCUAUAAGAACUAA